GGAGGAGGGCCGACCCCGUCGCAGACGAACGCCGCGCUUUCUCUUAAAGCCCUGAGCUCACUACACACAGGCCACUCUAAUCAGGCAGGGCCACCAGGUAAAGACUCUAACCAGACAGGGCCACCAGGUAAAGACUCUAACCAGACAGGGCCACCAGGUAAAGACUCUAACCAGACAGGGCCACCAGGUAAAGACUCUAACCAGACAGGGCCACCAGGUAAAGACUCUAACCAGACAGGGCCACCAGGUAAAGACUCUAACCAGACAGGGCCACCAGGUAAAGACUCUAACCAGACAGGGCCACCAGGUAAAGACUCUAACCAGACAGGGCCACCAGGUAAAGACUCUAACCAGGCAGGGCCACCAGGUAAAGACUCUAACCAGGCAGGGCCACCAGAUGCUGAAUUGCAGAUGGAGGUGUUGGAGCUGUGUGGUGCUCCUUGUCCCAGUCCAAGCCCACAGAGGGAGCAGCUGUUCAGCCACUUAUCUCCACUCCCCUCUCUGAAGGACCUGCAGCAGGAGCCCUCUCUGAACUGUCCUAGCCCGGUCCGCUGUCCCACCUCUCCCCCUGCCCAGCUCCACCCCUUCCCCCGGCCCAGCGGCAGCCCCACAUCCUCCCCAGCAGAGCCUCAUCUCCUGGGUUCUGGCUUCUACCAGCUGCAGCUGGGGCCCUUCCUUCCAGACGGUCUGUCCAUGGGGCCAGAGGAUGGGGCCUCUCAGAGGCUGAAGGUGGACUUCUCCCUGCCCUCCGUCCCCCAGCCCCCACCCUUGCCUGCCAUUGCCCCAUCCUCCUCCGUCACUUCUGACUUUGGGGCCAUCAGCAGUUACCUGUGUCCCUCGGCCCUGUGCCCCCCUCCCGUCCAGCACUCCGGCUCUCUCACCAAGUGAGGGGAGGAAGAAGGGUGUCUUUACCCUGGAGAACAUUCCAAUAAUGCCUGGGUUGUUUGUACUUCUAAGUACUGCCAGUUGAAGCUAACUUGGACCAGAGCUCACCCAUGUGAUGGUGUGAAGCUCCCCAGGAGAGAAACUGUCUUUUUGCCCGGGAGAUAGGCCUACCUGUAUCAGUGUUUACUAGGGGACUCCCACUGCUCACAAGCACAAUGGCUUACCUACCUGUCUAUUCUGGAAGGGCAGUAGUUCUAUGGAGACGUUCUUAGAGAAUUCUUAGAUAUAAUGUUGGGACUGGAAAAGCUGGUGGGCUCGUUGAUGGCUCCAAGGCCAAAACAGUUAGCCUGAUGUUUGUUGCAGUGGCCUCAUUCAGAGCAGAACUAGAGACUGUGAUUUAACCUCCCUCACUGAUUUCCCAACUUUUACUGGGAACAGUGAGCAGCAGACAGACCGCAUUACCUGGAAUCCAUCAUGCUGUAUUAUAGCAGAUGUCCACGAGAUGUUCUCAUUCUCUAUCAGUUCUGAUAAGGCUGUUUUUAGAAGCAGGGUUCAGUCUGCACUUGUAUGACUUAUCACCACUCUGACUGUGGACCUCUUAGGUAGGAUCUGCCUCCCUGGUUCACUGUGAGAGCUUCCACCUCUCUUGAACAUCUACAACUGAAACUGAAGGUUUUGUAUACAGUACGUUUAAGAGGAAAGAUCUGUAUAGGAAUACCAUGAAACUAUGCUUUUGAGAUUGUCACAAUGUUUUUAUUUGAUUGGUCUUUGUUCCCAGUUCAGGUAUUCAUUGGCAGGUUUGCAAUAAGGAACCUGAGUUUGUGAUGGGAGUCCUUGUGUUCUCUCUUUCCAGUUUAUGUUGACAUUUAAAGGUCUUGUACAGUACCAACCUCCCACAAUUGCCUGACAACCACGGUAGACACAUUAGCCUGUGUUUUGCGCAUUAUUGUACAUGCUACUGUAGGUAAGUCACUGAAUACACAGGUACUGUAGCCUCUGGCUUCUUCCCUGUGUCUCAACUCCAGUUUUUGUGUGAUUUAAGGUUUGAAUAUUGCCCUGAACCACCCAUCCGACCUUGUGGAUAACAGUCAUUGAAAAAGCCCAACGGCAUUGAAGGACAAAGAACCAAAAGGGGUGUGUUCAGAAGGGUGAAACCUUAUGAACGUUGCAGAUGGAGAAUGUGAUAUACAGAGCUAACGCGCUUGCUUAUUCCGUACCGUUGCACCCUCCUGAACAGACCCCAGGUUUCACUGAUGCUGUACUGUAUUCUGCCACUAGAGGACAUUGGCUGUCGCCUAGUCUGAAGAGAGCCUGCCUGCUUCGUUCCUCAGGGGGAGAGAAUCUGUCCCCUGUGCUCUCUGUCCCGACGGCAGGAAAACUCCCUUUCUUUAUUUAUUCCCCAUUUUCUAUUUUUAUAGGUGGGGUUUUCCCUCUACUCCCUGCUCUGACCUUAGCUGUUCUAGAUCGGUUUGUUUUUGUUCAACCGUACAGGAGGUUCUGGACGGACUAUCGGGACAGGAAGGGGAGUAGAAACACUGCCUUUUGUUUAUUUUUUAGCAUUUAUAUCAUACUGCUUCUGUUUAUAUUGGUUUGUAAUUAUAAUUGUUAUAUUUUGUAAAAAAAUAUAUAUUAAAAAUGUUGACAAUUAAUGAAAGUCAUUGCGCACAUACACACACCAGUACUUGAAUAUUAGUCUUGUGUGCAAGCAACUCUGUUGAAAGAGACUUUAGUACUUCAAUUCAAUUUCCAACAACAUUGUACCCACAUGAUUCUCUUGUGGACAGACUAUGUAUCUGACCAAAUCAUGCAAGAUUUUAAUUCUGGGCUCACCAAGAUUGUACCAAAAUGUUUUCACAUAUCCUGUGAUUGGCUGGUGCCAGUAUAGUAGCUGAAUAACCCACACUGUGGAGAUCUGUAGUUGUUCAGAAACUUGGUUAACGCAGAACUCUGAAUAUCCCAGUAGCAGAAUAACCCACACUGUGGAGAUCUGUAGUUGUUCAGAAACUUGGUUACCGCAGAACUCACACUGAAUAUCCCAGUAGCAGAAUAACCCACACUGUGGAGAUCUGUAGUUGUUCAGAAACUUGGUUAACGCAGAACUCACACUGAAUAUCCCAGUAGCAGAAUAACCCAUACCCAAACAAAUCCCCACAGUACUCAUGUACUGGCCUUACACUAUGCCUACGGUAUAACCAGGCUUCAAAUUCAACGGGAUAUUCUGUACAUUUCUGCAUUACAUUAUUUUGAAUCAGGGUCUCGUUUAUUUGAACUGAUGCAACAGAGAUCAAUAAAUUACAGGCUUACUUCCUCAAAGGUAAACUCAUGAAUUAUUCUGAAUUCCUUGGAAAGUGACUAAGUGACAUACAGGUGAACACUAGCAAGGAGUGAUAACCAUUCAUUAGGAAAUGCGGGAGGGAUAUGGCAUCCACUAAUUCCCAUACAUUGUUUUUCUAAUGUGAUCUGUGAUCCACAAUUUGAUAAACAAGAUAGUGAGCUUGGCUUGUGUAGCCUAUUGGCCCACUGUAUGAGAGGCUACUACAGGACACUGUCAUAACUGAGGGGAGGGGGGAGGGUGCAGCGAACAGUAUGAGUUAGUAAGGUUCUUGGGACUGUCACACAUCUCUACACACUGUCUACACAGAGCUCUGUGUCUUGUGACUCCGAGGACACCGUUCGUGGUGGCGGACCCCUUUCUAAUGAGGCGUGUUGAUUUGUUUACACAGGCAAGACAACCUUAUAACCCAUAUCUCAGGCCAAUGAGAGGGUUCAGAUAGGCAGACUCGGGGUGCUGGAGGUAUAGGGAUUCACAUUGACUCAGGCUUGACAACAGGAGUCUUGCACUAGUGGCUCUUCUUGUAGCGCUUCAUAUUUGCACUGCUUCAGGUGAGAAUUUGUCUAACUUUUUAGAGUGGUGGGUCUACAGGCAUUGGAAGUUGGAACAAAUCUUGCUUCUCUUUAAAAAUAAAAAGACUAGCUAUUCAAGAGCCCUUGAUGGACUAGGUGUUGUGAAAUUGGCAUGCUGCUACCUCGACAGGGUUUCUUUCUUAUCAGAGUGUAGACUAGACCCCCAAUAACCUGAAGUAGGCUAGGUUACAGCAGUCUGUUUCAUGGACUCACGGACAGAGCUAUGGAUACACUGAUUGACUAUUAAAUAGAAAAAAUAUAGUUUUAACCAUGUUUUGAGGCAAUACAAACAAACACGUUUAUAUUUUGAGCUCUGAUGAAGUAUCUGGUAUAUAUAUAUAUAAAAACAAACCUGGACCGGCACAGACCUAAAAACAAAAGUACUAGAAUUUGAUAGUUUCCUAACAGCAAGUGUUUUACUGAGUCCUCUUUUACUACUGUCUGCUAUGUUGGUCUUAAUAUAUAUUCUUCAAGAAUCAAUGGGUAUAUAUUAUUAAUGUACUGUAGCAAUUGCAGAUUUCCCCUUUAAAUGAAUUCAGGACCUUAAUUCAGAGCUUUGUUGUGGAGGAAUGCAAUUGUUUUGGAUUGUUUUAUUUUCAUUGUGUUUUUUCAAAAUCAUUUUGUAAUGUAUUGCUUUUUUAUGUUUUGUUUUUCAUAUGUUGUUUCUUGAAUUUGUGUUCCCUUUCAGGAUAUAGGUCUCAUUUGAUGGAGCUGAUAGACAUGGCCGUUCUGUUUCUGGCUCCUAAGCAACUUUGUUACAAGCAUUUCGCUACACCCAUAAAAACAUUGUUAAAUAUGUGUAUGCCGACCAAUAAAAUUUGAUUUGAUUUGGAAAAGAGAUUAACUCAUCUCAACAUGACAUCUCCCUCAGCCCUAGCAAGCCUCAGUGUGUCUUCAUGGCCUGGGCUAAUGUGACCUGCUAUUGGACACCUGGACAGGGCUCUCCCCCAGACACACGCUACACACUGCAGGUCAAUAUGUAAGAUGCCAUCACAUACUACAACAUCUACUGCACAAGUAACUGCUUGUGAUUAUAUUAGGCCCCUCCAGAGAGGCACAGCGGUCUAAAGCGCUGCAUAUCAGUGCUAGAGGUGUCACUACAGACAUUGGUUUGAUUCCAGGCUGUAUCACAACCAGCCAUGAUUGGGAGUCCCAUAGGGCGGCGCAUAAUUGGCCCAGCAUUGUCUUGGUUUAGGAUUUGGCUGGGGAAGGCCAUCAUAGUAUAUAAUAAUUUAUUCUUAACUGACUUGCAUAGUUAAAUAAAGGUUAAAUAAAAAAUAGACAACAUUAGUUAGAAAUCAAGGCCAGUAAAUCCUUCAACAUGUAUUUCCUCAACCAUGAGGGAAACAAAGGCAGACUGACAUGUUCCAGCACUGGUGCCACCACAGAAUGUUUCAUUCUAAACUCAGCAAAAAAAGAAACGGCCCUUUUUCAGGACCCUAUCUUUCAACGAUAAUUCGUAAGAAUCCAAAUGCCUUCACAGAUCUUCAUUGAAAAGGGUUUAAACACUGUUUCCCACUGUGACCUUAAUUGCCUACCGUCUGUAAGCUGUUAGUGUCUUAACGACCGUUCCACAGGUGCUUGUUCAUUAAUUGUUUAUGGUUCAUUGAACAAUUAAUGAACAAUUUUGUCUUAUCUUCCCACACACCUGUUUUCUAUCCCAUUCAUUACCUGUUGUGUAUUUAACCCUCGGUUUCCCCUCAUGUUUUUGUCAGAGUUUGAUUUGUUGUCAGUGUAGUGUGAUUGUUUGUAUAGGUGCGCGUCGGGUCCUCGUACCCAUGUUUUGUUUGUUUGUACAUUUGUUAUGGAGCAUACUCUUGGAACUUUAUUAAGAGACUCCAUAUUUACACUCCAUUUGACUCUCCUGCGCCUGACUUCCCUGCCACCUAUUACACCUAUGCGUGACAUAUUUCACCUUUAUUUAACCAGGUAGGCUAGUUGAGAACAAGUUCUCAUUUACAACUGCGACCUGGCCAAGAUAAAGCAUAGCAGUGUGAACAGACAACACAGAGUUACACAUGGAGUAAACAAUUAACAAGUCAAUAACACAGUAGGAAAAAAGAAAGGUCCCCCUUUCUAUAUACAUUGUGUGCAAAAGGCAUUUUUGGAAAUGUUUGCAAAUGUGUUAAAUGAAAUACAGAUAUCUCAUUUACGUAACUAUGUCUGUGCUUAGCUCUAUUCUGUUUCUUUUUAUCCUAAAAUACUCAAUAGUCAUGCCAAUGACAAGCAUACCCAUAACAUGAUGAAGCCACCACCAUGCUUGAAAAUAUUAAGAGUGGUACUCAGUGAUGUGUUGUUAGAUUUACCCCAAACAUAACGCUUUGUAUUCAGGACAUAAAGUUAAUGUCUUUGCCACAUGUUUUGCUGUUUUACUUUAGUGCCUUGUUGCAAACAAGAUGCAUGUUUUGGAGUAUUUUUUUAUUCUGUACAGAUUUUCUUUUCACUCUGUCAUUUAGGUUAGUAUUGUGGAUAACUACAAUGCUGUUGCUCCAUCCUUAGUUUUCUCCUAUCACAGCCAUUAAACUCUAACUGUUUUAAAGUCAA